AUGAUCAGUCUCAGCCCAGUCCUCGUCAGUCAUCACUUCUCGCUCUCGGCUCUCGCUCGAUUGCUCCCAGAGUCUGGAGACUCAGAUCAGACAUCAGAGUCACUUAGGUUCAGCUUCUAUCUCCCACUCGACUCUGUAUCUGAGUAUCUCUAUCUCGCAUUCACGAUUCACGAUCCUUUGCAGACUCUGUAUCUGAGUAUCUCUCUCUCGGUCUCGGCUUUGUAUCUGAGUAUCUGUGAGACCGUGACUCUAUAUCUGAGUAUCUCUCUCGGUCUUGGCUUUGAGUCUUUUUUCUCUUUCAGCCCCACUCCACGAAGCACGAACCAUAGAUCGCCUCAGGCUUCGUCUCCCUCAACUCUAUCAUUCUCUCGAUCUCGGCUCAGAUCAGCGUUAAUUUCCCUUUGCCUCAGAUCAGCGUUCAUCUCCUUUCAUUUUCUCAAGUCCAGUUUGUCUAAGCUCAGGCUUCAUCUCCCUUCUCAGAUAAGGGCAACUCAUAGAUGCAAGAUGUCUGCCUCCCGUGAAGGUGAAGGACAAACAAUCACUCCAAAUAGCCAAACACCAACUCCAUCUUCAACAUCUAAUACUAAAAAAUUUGAUCAAGAAGCAAUUAGGAAAUCUUUGGCAAACAUGGUUAUAACUGAUGAACUUCCUUUCAAAUUUAUUGAUGGGUUUGGGUUUAAAUGCUUUAUGGUUGCUGCUCAACCAAGAUUUAAGGUUCCUUCUAGAUGGACAAUGGCUCGUGAUUGUUUUAAAAUUUACAUGGAUGAAAAAAUUAGAUUCAAAGACCACUUGAUUAUAAACAAACAAAGGGGUUGUCUAACAACUGACACUUGGACUUCUAUUCAAAGAAUCAAUUACAUGUAUAUUACUGCUCAUUUUAUUGAUGCUGACUGGAAUUUGACUAAGAGGAUUUUGAAUUUUGUUCCAAUAUCUAGUCACAAGGGGAGGGAUAUUGGAAUAGAAAUUGAGAAGUGUUUGCUUGAAUGGGGAAUUGAUAGAGUGUUUACUAUUAUAGUAGACAAUGCUGCUUCUAAUGAUGUUGCUUUAUUGUACUUGAAAGAAAAAAUUUCUAAUUGGGGCUUUUCUAUCAUGCAGUGUCAGUUUCUACACAUAAGAUGUGUUGCUUACAUUGUAAAUUUGAUUGUUGUUGAUGGGUUGAGAUUAAUAGGGAGUUCUAUGAAGAGACUUAGGGAGGUUAUUCAGUCUGUUAGGCAAUCUGCCUUUAGGAUGACAAAGUUUAAAGAGAGUUGUGAGGAUGAGAAGAUUCAAAGUAAGAGCCUUUUAACUCCAGAUGUCUUUACUAGGUGGAACUCCACUUAUUUAAUGUUGGAGAGUGCUCAAAAAUUUGAGGCAGCUUUUAAGAGGUUUGAGGACAAAGACCCUUACUUUCGCAUUGAUCUUGAACAAGGGGAGGGGGUGCCUGAUGCUGCUGAUUGGAGGAAUGUUAGAAGGAUGGUGAUGUUUUUGAGUCAUUUUUAUGAGAUGACCUUGCGUGUGUCUGGUGCUUUUUAUGUUACAUCCAAUAGCUUGUUUUAUGAGAUUUACAUGAUAUAUCGCCUUUUGGAUGGAUGGACAAAGUGUGAUGAUUUUGAGCUAUCAUCAAUGGCUUUUAAAAUGAAAGAAAAAUAUGACAAGUAUUGGGGAGAUCCUUUAAAGAUGAACCAACUCAUUUAUAUUGCUGCUGUUCUAGAUCCUCGAUAUAAGUUGGAAUGGGUUCAAUUUGCUCUUUGUAAAAUGUUUAAUGAUGAAGGUGAAAAUUUGGCAAAGCAAGUGAAGGAUGUUUUCAUUGCUUUAUAUCAUGAAUACAAAGAACAUGUCUCUCCAUUUAAGCAAUCUGAAAAGGAGCAGCUUGUGGAUGAAAUCCAAUUUGAUUUUGGUAAUGAGGAUGACCCUGCUAUGAAGGUUAGAAAGUUGCUUGAAUCAGAAAAGAGAAAAUCUUUAAGUGACCGCCUUGGUGGAAAAAGUAAUAGGAUUGAAGUUGAUAAAUAUUUGAAUGAGAAAAUUGAAAUAGAUAGACCUAACUUUGAUAUCUUGGGCUGGUGGAAAUUGAAUGGUCCUAGAUUUCCCAUUCUUUUAAGGUUGGCAAGUGAUGUUUUGACAAUACCAAUAUCCACAGUUGCUUCAGAAUCUACGUUUAACACUGGAGGACAUGUUUUGGAUGCAUUUAGGAGUUCUUUAACUCCUAAAGUUGUGCAAGCCCUUAUUUGUGUUGAAGAUUGGCUUCGUUACUCCAUUCCUGUGGGUUUGGACCCCCCAAGACUGAAAUCCUUCGCAGAUAGCAAUCUCGUCGCAGUCACUUCUUUGAGUGACUUUCAUUAA